AUGGAGUCUCAGGGACAGUGGAAUCCUCUUGUAUCAUUUUCAAGGUUCAUCAAUCACCACCGUAACAGCCUUGCAACUCGUUUAGAAGACACGAAACGCCUCGCCGGAACCCUAAUUCAGUCUCAUACCCGCACCAAACCCGCAUUCGCCGCUACUUUAACUUCCAACCACGUCGCCAAAUCCCUCGCCGGCACUUCCGUUUACACCGUCAGUAAUUCCGACAAUGAGUUCGUUCUUAUGUCUGACGCCGAAGGUGCUAAGUCCAUUGGAUUGCUCUGCUUUCGCCAAGAAGACGCUGAAGCAUUCCUUGCUCAGGUUCGAUCGCGGAAGAAGGAAUUUCGCGGCAAUGCUAAGGUCGUUCCUAUAACACUUGACCAGGUAUACAUGUUGAAGGUUGAAGGUAUUGCAUUCCGAUUUUUGCCUGAUCCAGUCCAAAUAAAGAAUGCACUUGAGCUCAGAGCAGCCAACAAGGGAGGUUUUGACGGAGUUCCUGUAUUUCAGUCAGACCUUUUGGUGGUGAAAAAGAAGAACAAGCGUUAUUGCCCUGUAUAUUUUGCUAAGGAAGAUAUUGAACAGGAACUAGCUAAGGUUUCCAGGUCAUCCAAAGGUGUUGGAGUUUCUCAGCAUAUAAUGGUUGGUAGCUUCGAAGAUGUACUGAAAAAAAUGGAGUUGAGUGAUAAGAGUUCAGGGUGGGAGGAUUUGGUAUUUAUUCCCCCAGGAAAAAAGCACUCUCAACAUAUACAAGAAAUUAUUGCUUAA